CGAAGAAAAAAAUAAAAAUCUUGAAAAGUCGUCUCUCUCUCUCUCUCUCUCUGUCUCUCUCUCUCUCUCUCUCUCACAAAUCAGCAGCCAUGCGAACUCAACCUCUUAGCUAGCUUUCUUCGUCUUCAGCAGAUCGAGAUUCGAUUUUCUCAGCUUCCUUAGCUUACUUCGUGCUGCUUAAAUCCUAUAUCCAGCUGUCUGUCGUCUUCUCGUUGUUUUUUUUGGGUUUGACGAUGAGUACGAACUGGAAAUCUGUUCGAUUAAGGCUCGAAAUGCGUACUCUAAUGAUUUUUCUAGCGAUUUUGAGCUUCGAUUCGUGUUUUUCGCUGGGAAACGAAGAAGGUGUGACGAGAGAUCUACGGAUUGAUGAUAGAGACGCCUUAGAUUUGAGAGGUGUUAGUUUCCACAGGAAGUUACUUGGCCGUUUCCGUAACCCAUACACCCAUUUGAACAAGGACCGUCCUCCUGUGGCAGCUCUUGCACCAGCGUCAUCUUCUGUUCCUUCUCAUAGAGGUACUACUACCAGAAAAUCUUCAGCAUUGCAUCCACCACGGAGAAGUCCACCUGCCCUGCAUGUUUCUUCUGCUCCACCUCAUUCUGUGCCUCUUUCAAAAAAUCCUAGUGUAAGAAGUUCUUCAAGCAGCAUGGUUCCCGUUGUGGCUGGCUGCGUAGGCGGUGCUGUGUUUUUGCUUCUUUUAGCUACUGGUCUCUUCUUUUUCAAAAGUAAAGCUGGCAAAUCUGUGAAUCCUUGGAGUACAGGUCUUAGUGGACAGCUUCAGAAAGUGUUCAUAACUGGUGUCCCAAAACUGAAAAGAUCUGAGAUUGAAGCUGCUUGUGAAGAUUUCAGCAAUGUCAUUGGAUCUUGUCCUAUUGGUACAUUGUUCAAAGGGACACUAUCAACUGGGGUGGAAAUAGCAGUGGCUUCUGUUGCUACUGCUUCUGCCAAAGAAUGGACUAAUAACAUUGAAAUGCAGUUCAGAAAGAAGAUUGAAAUGCUAUCCAAGAUAAACCACAAGAACUUUGUCAACCUUCUCGGUUACUGUGAAGAAGAUGAGCCUUUCACUAGGAUCUUGGUCUUUGAAUAUGCAUCAAACGGAUCUGUCUUUGAACAUUUACACUAUAAAGAAUCAGAACACUUGGACUGGAUAAUGCGGCUUAGAAUAUCAAUGGGUGUAGCGUAUUGCCUUGACCAUAUGCACGGGCUUAAGCCACCUAUAGUCCACAGCAAUCUUAUCUCAUCAUCAGUUCAACUCACAGAGGAUUACGCAGUCAAAAUCGCAGAUUUCAACUUCGGUUACCUAAAGGGUCCAUCGGAGACAGAAACCAGCACCAAUGCACUCAUAGAUACGCACAUCUCAGUCACAACCCAAGAAGACAACGUCCACAGCUUUGGUUUGCUGUUAUUCGAACUGAUGACCGGGAAACUCCCGGAGUCUGUUAGAAAAGGUGACUCGGUAGAUACAGGUUUGGCUGAUUUCUUGAGAGGAAAGACUCUGAGGGAGAUGGUGGAUCCAACGCUGGAAUGUUUUGAUGAGAAGAUUGAGAGUAUAGGCGAAGUGGUAAAAAGCUGUGUAAGGGCAGACCCGAAACAAAGACCGACGAUGAAAGAAGUCACAGGGAGGUUACGAGAGAUCACAGGAUUGUCACCGGACGAUGCUAUUCCGAAACUUUCAGCUCUUUGGUGGGCAGAGCUGGAAGUGCUGUCCACUGCGUGAAAAAAGAGUACUACGUUGCUUCAUAACGAAUCUGUAAGUAUUAUUAUAAAUGUGAAGUUUGUGUGUGUGUUCUUGCGUCUCGUUGGGAGCUCUUUACUUGUCUUUAGGCAUUAUAUAUAAAUCUAUGCUAGUUUCUUUAACGACUCAAAAAUUCUGGUGAAAGAAUUCGUGAUCACGGUAAUACUCGUUUUUGGUAAUGCAUAUUCUUGUGUUAUUGUAUUUGUAAAUUAGUUAUUAUCAUCAAAUUCCAAUCAA